AUGUUAGCAAUUUUUUAUUUUCAGUUGAUUGUUGGCAAUUUUUUGUGUUUUGACACAGCCUUUUUUUUAAUUUUAUUUUAUUUUUUUUUUUUUUUUUCACCAAAUUAUCUUUUUUUUUUUUUUUUUUUUUUUUUUUUAUAUUUUUUUAAUUCACAAGCACAAACACAAACACAGAAGAAAAAAAAAAAAAAAGAAAAAAACUGUAUGUAA